CGGACACAGACGGACAGACACGGCCGGACAGACACACGGCCCCGCACUGAGGCUUUGGGCAGAGCCCCAGGGAAGGGGAACAUCCUCCCCCCGGAUCGGAGGGGGCACCCCGAUGGUCGGCAUCCCCGGGGCGCAGCUGGACCCCCCCAUGGGGUGAGACCCCCCCCGGGCCCCCCUAUGGUGUGGGGACCCCCCCGGGGUUCCCAGCUGGGAACAGGGCAGAGCUGGGUGCGGGUCCCAGAGCCAACAUCGGGGGGCAAGGGGGGGGGUUGAGGGGAAUGGGGGUGGCUGGGGGGGGCGAUGCACAUUUUGGUGCCCGGGUUCUGCCGCCGCAUUUAUAGGAGGAGCGGCCGCAGGGCCCUCCCCGUCCCGCAGACGCAAGCGGGGCGGUGGCUCCGGUUAAAGGGGAACCUUGACAGCGCCGCCGCCCGCUCCGCGCCGCGCUGCCCGCUCCGCACCCUCCGCACCGCUCCGCACCGCUCAGCACCGCUCCCGCCGCCCAGCGAGCCCCGGUUCCGCGACUUCUGCCCCAGACCACCGCCAAGAUGCUGCUUUUGCUGCUGGGGAUCAUCGUGCUCCACGUCACCGUGCUGGUGCUCCUCUUCGUCUCCACCAUCGUCAGCCAAUGGCUCGUGAACGGCGGGCAGACGGCGGACCUGUGGCAGAACUGCUCCUCUGGUACCGUCUUCCAGUGCCUGACAUCGUCCACGAAUGAAUGGCUGCAGUCUGUCCAGGCGAUGAUGAUCCUCUCCAUCAUCUUCAGCGUCUUGUCCCUCUUCCUGUUCUUUUGCCAGCUCUUCACGCUCACCAAGGGCGGGCGAUUUUACAUUACUGGGAUCUUCCAAAUCCUUGCUGGGCUCUGCGUGAUGAGCGGCGCGGCCAUCUUCACAGUGAGGCACACGGACUGGCACCAAGCCUCGGAAAACACCUCCUAUGGCUUCGCCUAUAUCCUGGCGUGGCUCGCCUUCCCCCUGGCCCUCACCAGUGGCAUCAUCUACGUCAUCUUACGGAAGCGCGAGUGAUGCCGCAGGAGGUGCAUCCGGGGCACUCAUGACGUCCACGGAGGAGACGGAGGCGGGGGAAAAUAGACGAGAAAACGGAAAAGAAAAUUAACCAAAAAAAAAAAAAAGAAAAAAAAAGGAAUAAACCCUCCCACCAAAAACCAAACCAAACCCAACCAACCCCAAAAGGAAACACUCAAAGGGUUACUUGUUAAUUGAGGAUGUAUAUAGUAUCUAUGGUUUAAAAAACCUAUUUAUAACACUUUUUACAUACAUGUACAUAGUAUUGUUUGCUUUUGUUGACCAUAUGCUAUGUUUUAAAGCCUAAAGAAAGUGCCUAAGGAAUUAUUACUCCUAACAGUGUAACAAGAGCGCGGUGAUUUUUCUCUCAUGCGAAGCCCUCUGUGACCUGAGCUCUCCUUCCCCACCCCAGCCAUGCCGUCGGAGUGCCCCAGCUCUGGCUGCUGUCUCGCUGGCACAGGUCGGUGCCGCUCCGCGGAGCAGCGGGGAGUUACGCCUGGUGAUGUUGGCCGGAGGCUUGGCCCCUGCUCCUCCUGCCCGCUGAGAUUUUGGCGGCUGGAGGGCACGGCCAGGGCUGGCGGAGGCGCUUCCGAAAGGUUCGAAGGGUUUUCGGAGCAAAGGACUGCCCAAAGUGCCUAAAUGACUUAUGCGCCUAAGUCCCACUGCCUUGCCACCACACCCGCUGGGAAUUUGGGCUUUUAAAUCACUUAGGUUGAAUGCAGGCAAGCGCAGGCUGUGCUUCAUCCCCGUGUGCACCCAGGGUGCCAGGGGCUGUGUGCGCCCCGAGCCGAGCCCCCGUGCACGGGCUCUCCCCGCCAUGCAACAUGCGUUGUCCUUGCCGUGGAGCUAGAGUACCAAUGAGCAGGAAGCAAACCCCGUAUAUCUAUGAAAUUGAAUGCCAGAUAUAUGAAAUGGUGCUAUCUAUUUACCAUUCCUUAUACUGCUAGCCAUUUAACCUUAUUCACUGGAAAUUCAGUUAACAACCUUGAGGUAAACAACAAAGCUAGAAACGAGAAAUAAUUCUGUGUAAUAUAAAUGAGCUAUAACUGCUUUUGUACUUAGAUGACUUGCUCUUACUAUUAUUUUUAAUAAAGCAUUUAUAACCAAGGUUCCUUUCCCUCCACCCCGUGGUCAAGAGGAACAGAAACAGCUCAGGGUGGAGGAGCCCUGCUGCCCUUCGCCCCCGGAGCACGAUGUCUGUCCUCUGUCUGUGUGUCAGAGAGGUGUCUGGCAAUGAAUUGAGCAGGCACCUGCACAGAACCCAGGCUGCCUUCUGAGGACUCCAGACACUGCGUUGCUGUCGUCGUUUUUGUUUCAUUUAGGGUUUUUUUCUUUCUUUUUUUUUUUUUUUUUUUUUUUUGCUUUGCUUUUCUGAUUUUAUACCGACUGUGUGGACUAAGAAGCAAUGAAAUAAAAGUCAGAAUAAC